UAUUAAAAAUGUUGCUUCAGGAUUUAUGGAGUUUAAUAUGGUGAUUUCUUUGUUGUACAGGAUGCAGACCGACCUGAGCGCGGGACCUGGUCUUGCUGUUGUGGCGGGGGAUGUCCUUUCUCUGCGAGGAACAGGAUUAGCCGCUGCCGAAACAUGGGCUCUCCUAUGCCAGGCUGCCCAGGCCCUCCAAGACCUUUUCCUUUCAAAUGGCGGCGUAGUUGGUGGUUCGAGAGCUGGCCCGGUGGUGACUCUUCACACGUUAGAAUUGACACCACGCGGUAGAGUUUUACUGCGACUUGCACCACCCGAGACUGCUCGAGCGUAUCUGCCGCCUGAAUAUCGACCGGGUCGUGUAUAUUCGGACACCGAUUCGGAAAAGAUGUGGAUGUACUCGUUGGGAAGAGCAUUAUUGGACACGACCCCGAGAGUCGCGGCGCUGACGGGAACGGUUUCCGUUUCACCCUCGUCCGCGCUGCAGUCCGUUUUAGCUGCCAUGACGGAACCCGAUCCCCGAAGACGAGCGUCCUUGAUGAAUCUUCUGGACGUGAUAUCAGAGUACUGUCGGACUCGUUUGCCGUCGAAACCCUUCACUCACAUAGUAAUGGACAUGCACCGUGAAGUAGUCAAGUCACCUCACUACGUGGCCCGGAGGCGCAUAGUCUACCAGCACUUGAAUCCACCGCCGCCUCCACGGAACCCCGUCGAGAGGCCAGAACAAAAUCGUCGUCAGAGUAAUUAUCCUCAUCAUCACCAACGACCCCCGCACCAUCUCGAUCCGCUCCAAUUAGUGCAGAGCCAGACAACAGGUCGUCAUCAGCAUCAGGACCGACCGUAUCAUUCGGCUAAUCAGUUCGUUCCUCCUCCCCGGCAGACUCAACAGGAUCGACUACAUCGAUCCCCGAGUCAGUUUCAGUUACACCAGCAGCAACACCAGGACCACCCGCAGCAACCCCAGAUACCCAAAGCUCAUCACUUUCCGCAUCAUCAUCCGGCGAAGGGUGCUCUUUUCAAACUGCAGUCUCAAAACUCUCACUCGCAUCCGAACCUGACGAGUCUCUGUGGCCAACAAUCGCAACAGAAUCGACGUCAAGACGUGAAUUCGGAGGAUCACAGGACGCAGUUUCAAUCGCAGCUAAACGUGCAAGCGAGCGCACAUCAGGUCGGACCCACGAUUCAUCAUCAACGACGCCAUCAUCACUCCAGAACGUAUUCUCAACCGAUCUACACAAGACUGCAGCACACUCGAAGUAGCGGCAAUUUACCGACGACGAUCGUCGCCGAAAACAAUCCCGGGGGGAACGUGUAUAGCGAUCCUAUUUACGCGCUGCCUGUUAAACCCUUCCUGAGCUCGCAAGACGUCAGGGUGAACGGACUGUCUGUCAAGCCAUCUGUCGGUCAUAACGAGGAUGUUUACGCAGGCACGACGAUAGCGAGGCGACCAUCUGCCGCUGGUUAUUCUCAUCCAAACAUAGCAACGUCGUCGACAGAUCGCGUACGAGACGAGGUUUACGGUAAAUCAACGGGACGAACGCAUCCCCCAUUGCAGAGGCAAUGCUCGAAUCCUCAGCUGCCCAACAGGGAUCAACAAGAGGAGGAUUUCAAGCGGCCCAGGGAGCAGAAGUUCGUGACGGCCGAUCACAGAUAUCUGGCCGCGAGAGGAAAAGAGGAACAACAGGCAGAUCAACAACAAAAUCCAGUGUCUUCCAUGAGAGUCAGGAGUGUUCAAGGUCCACCGAAACCACCCCGAAUAAUCACCACCCUGAAAAAGGUCCCGUUCUCCGACGUGGAAAGCAGCAAAUCGGAACCACCGGCGAAACCACCGAGAAAUCUCGUGAAGAAUGGACCCAGAGCCCGGCGCGGCAAAGCGGUUCAAAGGGCGCCUUCCCGCCUUUAUAGAACAGUGGGCGGACCCAUGAGGUCAUUCAACAAAGCGCAGUGCGUUGGACCUGAAUUCGUGGUGCGUGCCAAUCAGCCACCAAAGAUGUUAUGUGUCGGUCAAGCGAAGGCUGGUGGUUGCGGACGGAUAGUCGUGAUAAUGUUGACUGGUCAACGACUGGAAGUGACUUGUGAUCCUCAAAAAGUUACAGCGGGAGACUUAUUUCAGGCUAUCGUGCAAGCCGAGAGCCUCGACGAGAACUUCACCCUCGGUCUAGCCGUCCUGUUGGCUGGUGAUUUCGCAAUUUUACCCCCUGAAACUAAAUUGAAUAAAGUCGCACCACCGGGAUGGCUGAGCAGUGGCAAGAAUAAAGGUCUCCUGGGACUUCCGACUAGUUUUAUGCUGUACUUGAGACUUAGGUUCUUUCUACCCUCUCUUCGGGGCAUAAGGAGUUGGAUAUCGAAGCAUCUACUGUAUUUACAAAUACGAAGGUGUAUAUUGGAGCAACAGCUGGUGUGUCCGUGCCCGGAGUUAAUUAAUCUGACUGGACUAGCUCUUCAGGCCGAAUUCGGAAAUUACAACAUGAACGAGCACGGGUGCGGCGAUUAUUUCCUCUUGGAGCACUACGUUCCCGAGUCAUUGAUCCUGAACAUAGAUCAGCAUCAAUCGCAGACGAACAACAGUGGUACAGACGCCCUCCGUGCCCGGCUCCAUCAAGCUCACCGGGACCGACGUGGCCUCGACUCGAACAAAGCCGAGGAGAUGUUCAUAACUCACGCGCAAACGCUCGCGGAUUACGGGUCGCACUAUUACAUCGCCACCGUGGACUCGAAGGAAUUAGAGAAAGUGAUGGCGCAGCAACGUAGGAGGAACGCGAGCAGCGAUCGAAACACGUCUGACAGGCUGCUCGAAGGCGCGGAGAGUAAUUACAGCGGGGACAGGUCCCGAGAGUAUCCUAUUCGCGGCAGGAUCGAGAUCACGCGAUUAGGAUCCUGCGAGAACCUACCCAAGAUCCCUUACAGCGGGGACGAAAUGAAAACACCACCGGGUCUGACGAAGAGCGCCACUUCGGGCGACAUUUACGGCGGUAGCCAGAAGUCCAAGAACCGUCUCGAGACUUGUAACAACAAUAAUAAUAUUAAUAAUAACAUGAAUCACGGGAGCAAGAAUGGUAAGACGGAGAAGAGCAAAAAGAAAACGGAGAGCAAUGUCUGGCUGGCUAUCCACGCGCAGGGAUUGAAGCUGUUCGAAAGAGGCGGCGAACCGAGAGAAAGGAUCGAGCUGGCGCAGUUUCAGUGGAAAGACAUUCAGACGUUGAGCUACAGCAAAAGUUGCCUGGUCGUUUACAGCAAAGUGAAUGGAAAACGGUGCAAGUUUAAGCUCAGAAUGGACCAUCGAAAAAGUUACUUCGCUUUCAAGCUAACCUCCCUGCACCAUCAGUUCUUCUUGAGGCUUCGUUCUGAACUUACGUCGCUUCAAGGACUGGCUAAAGAAUUUGGAGUUCCUACGACGUUGGAACCGAAAGCCUCACCGUCAAAGACGAAAUCCCACGACGGCAAAACCAAGAUAGCCAUAGCAAACACCGUGAAGAAUGCGCAACUGAGACCGAGUUAUCCGAUGCAACUCGAAGAAUUCCAGAACAAGGAGAACGAGAAUCCCGCGAAGGAUGCUAACGCGCUAUCAAAGCCGAAGGAUCCGCUUCGCGAGCCCGGUCCUUGUUCGUUCGAAGAGGACGCGCUUUACGCGCAGGUGAACGUUCGAUUGGAACCGGAAGGCGAGUCCCGUGACACGGAGGACGAAUCCGAGCGAAGUUUAACGACUCCCAACGAGCCGCUUUCGUUGGACGCGAACGGAAUGAAAACCAACGGACAACUUUACAGCUGUCCCCGGAUCGACCUGGCUACGGACACGGAAUUCGGUUAUUCAUUGCCGAAAAUUAUGUCCUCGAACGACGUUGGUCAGUUAGAGAAACCAGAGAAUCCUGAGGAGCUGUAUGCUGCGAUCAACAAAGUUGGAAUCACGCGAAAGGUGGACUUUCCGGUACCGGAGGAAGUGUGGGACGUGACGGACGUGAAGAAGUCGAUACACAAGAUGAAGACCUCGAGUUUACCGAAUUACGGAACACCCAGACAAUCGGGCGGUUACCGCACACCCAGUUUACCACGGCGUCUGGGGGUGAAAAUGGGUACACGAGCGAUCUACAGCAGUCUCGUACAGAAAGACACCGCUCUUACCGACGACAUGGAGUCACUCUCGCUAAAAUCCGACACGGAGUCGUCGAUUCACUCCUUAUCCGGUCGGUCCACGGAAUCUCCUCUACCGGAAGCAUAUGUGCUCAACGCUGACAUCCGUACAGACGACGAGACAUUCCACGUUACCGAGAACGAGUCGAUGUCCGUUUCGUUGGCGGCGCGUCUCGAGGAGUUGUCCUUCGCCGAGGAACGAAUUCUGCAGACGAUUAAAUUGGAAAGGGGUCACGGCGGCAGUAUAGGGUUGCAAGUAACAGAGGGUAACGACGGUGGCGUUUACGUUCAAGCGGUGUCUGUCGGAGGGUCGGCCGAUAUGGCCGGGAACGUGAACAAAGGCGAUCGUAUCGUGGCGAUAAAUGGGCAAAAUUUAUUACACCUCCGUUACGAGGACGCUCUGAAGAUGCUGCAAAGCUCGUCCGACACGAUCGAGCUGGUCCUCUCUCAACCUACCUCUCGCAAAAACGCUAUCUCCGGGCAGAAUCACGAACAAGCCACUGUGGAAAACAAUUAUUUGAACGAUAUCAGAUUCGAAGUGUCCUCGGAAGCAGAUACGUCGAGUGUGACGAACAAAUGGCUCGUUCAAAGGACCACCGAUGGCGCAUCGGUUCAAAACACUUCGAGCGCGUACAGCAGUGCCGCAUCCAGCGCAAUGGGCAAUCAUAAUGCAAACAGCCUGUACAUGGGCGAUCUCGUCGAUAACGGCGCACUUAAGUCCGCCAGUAUAUUGCUGAAUAUAGAGGACUUCGACGUCAGCAGAACGAGCCGCCAAGUCUUUAUUUAAUCGACCAUAUGCUAAAUCGCGCAGAAUCAGCAAGCACUCCGCCGGUUCCGCCAAGACGCAAAAAGCGCAAAGCAAAGUUCACCGGGACCGUAAAAUCUCCGCAAGGAACGUCACCGACGAGUCUCAACAGACCAGACAGAAAGCGUCUGGCACCGCCGCCGCCGCCGCCGCGAGCGACCCGAAAAGUUAAAUCCCACGCUGCUAAGGAUCACCGAGAAGAAACGAUUUCAAAAAGUCGGACAGCCGAAGAGGCAGAAGAAACUUUGAACAGUCGAAGUUCCACCGAACUGGGGCUGUCUCCGCAGCCUUUGUCCCUGCAGUUUGACGACGUCGACCUAAUACCAACCGAACAAACGAAUGCAACUGACAAAAAUGACAACCACAAUG